AGUGCUUAAUAAUAAUACUGUAAAACAUUUAGGUUGUGUUCGGUAUUUUAUCCACUCUUUAGAAGAAUUUAAACAAGUUAGGAAUUAUUUAUUUCAUAUGAAGAUUAAAUCAUUUAAACCUUUGAAAUAGUUAUAUACGUGUUAUAAAAGUUAAAAAGUUAGGCUAGGCUGGUCAACAAUGAGUUACGUUUCAGGUUGGUUUUGGGAUUUCUGAGCAAUGUAUCUUUCUCUGAAAACUAUUUUUAAAAUGAGAAAAUACCACCAGCUUCUGUUAUUUGUUAUAACAAUUAUAAGCCUAUCGACUUUAUUAGUUUACAGACGUGAAUAUUUGAAGCUGAGGUACGUUUUGGAAGUUUUGAAUUACUUUGGUAGUCCACAAGGAGGUGGAGAGGACUGUUUACUUCUGAAUGAUACAUACAUGCAAAAAGAAAGAAACAAGUAUUUGUUUUCUCAGCCCAAGCCGUCUUGGACCAAAGUUCAACAGCAUUUUGUCUAUUCUUCAUUUUGGGAAAACGAGGGAGAAAAAUUACAUGUCAGAGCUCUAGCAGUUGGCCCCCCAUCCGCUUUCAUAAAUUUUGAAUGCCACAUAUGGUUUGAUCAAGGAGAUUAUCUAAGUUCAGUCAUGGGUAAAUUUGGAUACUCCUUAAUAAAUGUACCAAAAUUUUACAAUGAAAGUAAGGAGCAACACCCUGUAAAUAUUUAUGAAUUGUUCUGCGAGCCAGUGGAGACCUUAUCCAAGGGAUUGCCUUAUGGAUGGGUGUUGAUUUACAAAAGAGAUACAACACAAACCAAAACAUUUUUACCAAUAUUCAAAACCGAAAUCUCAGAUCAAAGCCGACUUGGUAAAGUGGCAGCAUGUGUCCGUGCUGAUAUUAGUGGUGCAUCAAAAUCAACCAUUGUUGAGUUUAUUAGUUAUCAUCAAGCUGUUGGUGUCACAGAUUUCAUUACAUAUGAUAAUGGUCUACAAUACAAGAUCUUGUCAGUUCUGCAAACAUUAUCAGGGACAAAAGGAUUCAGUGAAUCACUAUCAAUUCUUAAUUGGAACUUUCCGUUCAGUGAUCUAGAUGUUGAAGCCACAGUGUUGGAAAUGGAUUGCAUUGCAAGGACUUCUGGUCAAGUUGAAACGGUGGUUGUCCUUAAUUGGGAUGAGUACAUUGUACCUAAACUUCAUCAUUCAAUAAAAGAAAUGUUGCAAGAAGCUACUCCAAGCAAAAAAAUACCAGUACAGUUUGAAUUCGAGUCAUUUAUUUGUUGUACUGAUUUGAAGGAUGAUAGGCGCGCUGAAAAGAAUUGGCCUGUUGCGUUACGGAAAACUCAGUUAAUGAGCAUUAAAGUGAAGAGGCAAUUGGUAGUUGAGUAUCCAGUUGUCGGCAUUGAACCCAGCAACUACAAAAUGCCGUCAUCCACAGGUGCAGUACAUAUUUAUAGGCCAUGCAGACUUAGCGGGUUAAAAACAAUUACUAAAUAUGAUCCAAUCAUGGCUAGAUUUUUGGGUAGUAUGAUUACAAGUACACUAAUUAAACUGUGGAAGUCAGGCUCUCUGCUAAACGAAAGUCAGAAAAUGUGAAUUUGUUACAGGAUUUUAAUAAGUUAGGCUACUUUAAUUUUUCAUGAAAGACUUAAACGGUUUUUAUCCAGCAAAAGCCUUAAACAGGAAAUGUACAUAAGUUAUUGACCAAGAGCCAAAACAGUGAUUUGAUAUGAUUUGUUAAGUCUGAUACAAAUUUCAAGUAUUUCAACUUAUAUUUAACGUAACCCAUCAUCUGUAGUCUAUUGAGCUACCAGGGUUGCUCAAUCUGAUUAUUUUUCUUUACUUUUUUAGGUACUUUCCUGUUAAGGGGAACAUUCAUUAUUAUCAAUGAUUUCUUUUUGAUAUAUUGAUAGGCCUACUUUUGAUUUCCAUUACGAUCCAUAUUCCAUCUGUUUUAAUAUCUUCAAACACAUUUAAAUUACAGACAAACAGACAUAGUAAAUAGGCCUAUGUUUAAGUUAGGCCUAUACUUGGUUCAAACGCCGAGUUAUUGAGUUAUAGCUCUUAUUAGAGAAUAGGAUUAA